AUGGCUGCCCACACGUACCCCUCGCCCACCCUGCUGGGCUCCCGCAAGUCGGACCUGGCCCUCAUCCAGGCCCGCUACGUCAUGGCACAGAUCGAGAAGCUCCCUGAUGCGCCAAAGAUUGAGAUCCAGACGGGCACUGCUGCUGGAGACAAGGACAAGAUCACUCCCUUCCUCGAGCUUUCUAAGCAAACAGGUGGCUCAGACCUCGGCAAGAGCCUGUGGACAAACGAGCUCGAGGCAGACCUUGUCGCCGGCAAGGUGCAUUUCCUCGUCCACAGUUUAAAGGACAUGCCGACGACCCUGCCGCCCAACUGCCUGCUGGGAGCCAUCACCGAGCGCGAGGAUCCAUCCGAUGCCGUGGUCAUGCCCAAGGGUUCCAAGUACACAAGCAUUGACGAGCUGCCCGCCGGCUCUGUUGUCGGCUCGAGCUCGUCCCGCCGCAGAGCGUUGAUCCGCAAGAACUGGCCGCACCUGGAAGUGGAAGAGUGCAGAGGCAAUGUAGACACAAGACUGGCAAAACUCGACGCCGCCGACUCGAAGUUCUCCUGCAUCCUGCUCGCUACCGCGGGACUUCUCCGUCUGGGGCUUGGCCACCGCGUCACGCAACGGCUCCAGGCAAACGUGUUCCCGUAUGCGGUCGGCCAAGCGGCGCUCGGCAUCGAAGUGACGGCGGACAGUCCGGCGAUGCAGCAGCUGGUCUUGGCUGCGGACCACAAGCCGUCGAGGUGGAGAUGCAUGGCCGAGCGGGCUAUGCUCCGAACACUGCAGGGCGGAUGCUCGUCGCCCAUUGGCGUCUACACACACUACGAGUCGCCCGAGAACGGAGGCAAGCUGUGUCUCGGUGCUACUGUGGUCGACAUGGCUGGAGAUAAGCAUGUAUCCACCGAGGAGCUGCGUCUUGUUGAGAGUGACGAGGAUGCAGAGGCACUUGGCUUGACAGUAGCUAAAAAGUUGUUGGAUGGUGGCGCAUCUGGGCUGUUGCAGAGACACGCUUAA